AUGAUUUGUGAAGACUACUUGACAGGGGCACAUUCUAUGGAUGUGCCUCAGGAAACAGUGGAUAAGGAGGUCCAGGCAAUUUUGGAUAAGAUCAAAAGUAAACCUGAUUUCAACCCCAACCAGCUGUUUGAUCCCGAGAAGCAUCUUGCCUGGAAAGACGAGUAUUUUGAGACCACGAAAACUUUCACUCUUCAAGAUCUAGGAAUCACUAAAACUCACACCAAACCAAUCAAUAACUUCGGUGCUACUUAUCCGUUCCCCUUGCUGACCGAGGAUGCUAUCGAUAUCAUGAAAUGGGAAGCAUUCCAGCCUCAAGUUGUGAAAAAGUAUGCACGGUUGACAAACCCAGAUUUCAGCUUGAAAACCAACCGGCACGAUUUCCACAUAGCUGGAUAUCCCGAAGAGGGCCAUGCUCCAUUCACCAAAUCUGUCUAUGAUCACCCCAGACUCAAAGAGAUUUUUUCGCAGUUGAUCGGGAUGGAUGUGACGACUACAUAUGGGUAUGAUGUCAAUCAUGUGAAUGUUGCCCUGGCAGAUUUUGACUUGCCUCUAGACGCACCGCUUUAUCCUGAGCCUGAAAAAGGCGAGGACGGGAAACCCAUUUUUAAGGCAGAAGAGGUGGGAUCGAUCUUGGGGCAGCACUAUGACUCAACGUCAAUAGCGUGUGUGAUCAUGUGGGAAUGUCCCCAAGAUAAGGGCGGCGAGACCGUCAUCAUCACGGGUGACGAGACUCCACUGGUUAUUCCAAACAUUGCUCGUCCUGGAUAUUGUACGCUCUUGCAGGCAAGGGUCAUCAGACACAUCGCAACAAAACCAAAUACUAAUUCAAAUAGAAUAGCUACCGUGGCUGGCUAUUAUCCGACAGCUCCCAUUUUGGACAACAGUUGUCUGACUAGUGUUCGUCCUAGCAUUCUCCCUCGUUCUGUUCACGACGAAUUUUACACUGAGUGGUUUGAUUUUCGAUUCAAGCAGCUUGAGCGAGUUCUUGCUGACAAGCGCAAAAAAUUGUGGGAUGCUUACAAGAAAGGAGAAAUGUUUGACCAAAAGGGUGUCAUUGAAUUCAGCAAAGAAUGCCAGCAGUACUUAUUUGACAGUUGGCGGGAAAUGGAGUUUGCGAAUAACGACCCUUAUCCUCCACCUUUAUUCUCAAAACCGUACUCAGAGCUCACGUACGAAGUAGGAGGUGACGAUAGUAAGUGA